AUGAAAGCCAUCCACCUCGUCAAAUCGCUGAAGAUACGGAAGAAGUUGCCCGCGGUUCGUGAAAAAGUAGAGAGCUAUUGGGCGACCAGUACGAACAGCACUUUUCCUUCUACUGUAUCGGAGACACCGAUCAUACUGGACAGCAUGAAGCGCUCAUCAGUUUCGCUGACAGCUUGGCCAAGGGAUCCAUUCAAGAAAAAGGUAUCCUCCCGUGCUUCCGUAAAAGAAUCAAGUGAGUCGUCUGAAGAAGAUAGCGAGGAAUUGACAUCUGAAGAAGAGCUGUUUGAAAGAAGAGAGGCGUACAUCAAAGAACUCAAGCGCCGUAUCCCAUGUAAGCCGGACUGCGAUAGUCGAUUCUACCCGCACUGUACAGCAGAAUGUAAAUGCGACUAUCUCUAUCCAGCAGUUCAACGAUUUCUGGCAAUCCUCCACCAAUGCCCCUUUUCCUGA